AGCUGACCCAAGGGCAAAUCAGCGCUGGUUACAAUGUACGAUAACAGUACGUAUCGAAAACCUCCGUCUUAGGAACAAGGAGAUGAACGAAUAAAGCUCCUGCCGCGCCUCCUUCCUCUUCCUCUUGGGUUGGGCAUCAAGGCAGCGCCAUGAAGCUCAACAUUGCCAACCCCACGACGGGGUGCCAGAAGAAGGUCGAAAUCGAUGACGACCAGAAGCUGAGGGUCUUCUAUGACAAGAGGCUCGCUCAGGAGGUCCCGGGUGACAGCCUUGGAGAUGAGUUCAAGGGGUACAUCUUCAAGAUCAAGGGCGGGCAGGACAAGCAGGGCUUCCCCAUGAAGCAGGGUGUCCUUGUGCCUGGACGCGUCCAGAUUCUGAUGCACAGAGGCGUGCCCUGCUUCCGUGGACAUGGACGCCGCAAUGGGGAGAGGCGCCGAAAGUCCGUCCGUGGUUGCGUGGUCAGCCAGGACCUGUCCGUCCUGAACCUGGUCAUCGUCAAGCAGGGUGAGAACGACCUCCCCGGGCUGACUGACACGGAGAAGCCCCGGAUGCGCGGACCCAAGAGGGCCUCCAAGAUCCGCAAGCUGUUCAACCUGUCCAAGGAGGAUGAUGUCAGGAAGUACGUCAACACCUACCGCCGCACGUUUGAGUCGAAGACAGGGAAGAAGCGGAGCAAGGCCCCCAAGAUUCAGAGGCUGGUCACCCCGCUGACUCUGCAGAGGAAGCGCCGGCGCAUCGCCCUCAAGAAGCAGAGGAUCGCCAAGUCCAAGAACGACGCAGCGGAGUACCAGAAGCUGUUGGCACUGCGGCUCAAGGAGCAGAGGGAGAGGCGCAGCGAGAGUCUGGCCAAGAAGCGCCAGUCCAGGCUGUCGACGGCUUCGGGCGGCAAGUAAAUGGACCAUGUGUGUCGAAGGGAAUUGACUCGAGCUGUUCUGAAGGCAGCGGGCCAUCAUCGAAUCCUGUUCGUUGCUCCACCUCACUGUGUGACGUCUCCUGAACCGAGCAUGCACUUGACUUCCUACUCAUGUGGCUUCCUUCCGGGUAUUUCGUGAUUAUGUCGUGUUAUGGGUAGGCUUGAGACACAUCUGCGUCCAACACACACCAGCCAGUAUACAAGGCUGUUUU